GAAUGAUUAUUAUUUAGUAGGUAUGGAAAGUUACCGUAAGAUAGAGAAAGUGGGUGAGGGUACAUACGGCGUAGUUUAUAAAGGAGAACAUAAACCAACAGGGACUACUGUCGCUCUUAAGAAAAUCAGGUUACAAGCUGAUGAUGAAGGUGUUCCUUCUACAGCUAUACGAGAGAUCUCAAUGUUAAAGGAACUCAAACACUGCAACAUUGUCGGGUUACUGGAGGUAGUGAACGAGAACAAUGUGCUGUACCUCGUGUUCGAGUUCCUGACCAUGGAUCUCAAGAAGUAUAUAGACACCAUCCCACGUGACCAACAGAUGGACGCUAAACUUCUCAAGAGUUACACGUAUCAGAUACUACUGGCUAUCAAGUACUGUCACAGUCACAGAGUGCUACACAGAGAUCUCAAACCUCACAACCUGCUCAUAGACAAGAAAGGAAUCCUCAAAGUUGCUGAUUUCGGUUUGGCUAGGGCGUUUGGUGUUCCAGUUAGAGCCUACACCCACGAGGUAGUUACGUUGUGGUACAGAUCCCCGGAGAUAUUGUUAGGACAGUUGAGGUACAGCUGUCCGGUCGAUAUGUGGAGUGUGGGAUGUAUAUUCGGAGAGAUGGCCAACAAACGGCCUCUUUUCCACGGAGACUCUGAAAUCGACCAACUCUUCAGAAUUUUCAGAACUAAGGGAACUCCUAACGAGUUGACCUGGCCAGGAGUCACUGAACUGCCCGACUACAAACCUACGUUCCCGAGCUGGCCCAUUUCCGCCCUGAAGAACGCCUGUCCACGUCUGGACGAACAAGGACUGGACCUUCUCGAGGCAAUGUUGGAGUACCAGCCAGCUAAUAGGAUUAGCGCUAAACGAGCUAUAAACCACGCUUACUUCGACGACUUAGACAAGAGCCAGCUCCCAGACGAAGAGAUAUCUUACUACCGGUCUCACCUUCAAGCAGAGCAUUAGUUACCAUGGUUACUUGUUACUCAGUAACCAAACUCCAACCAGGACACUCAAGAUAGCUUCUUUUUCAGACAAUUUUUAUCGUUUUCAAAUUACAUAUUUUGUAUUUUGGGCAGGCCUAAUUUAGCGUGUACAUCUUUUUGAAGUAUCUAUUUUAGUAGGGAGAUACUCCUGUAGUAGAUAGAAUACUGUAACUCUGAGAAUUAGAUCUUUCUCAAGUAAUAGAACAACAGUUAAAUGCUUUAAACUUAAGUUUGGGAAUGAUCUUCAAACUGACGAAGUUAUCACAUAUAAUGACAUAUUACACGCAUUGUUUUUGUAAAUUGUAUCUUACAUAAUAUAUUAUUGUUAUUUGUUAUAAAUAUUGAAUGUUACAUGAAAUUUAUAAAA